GUGCACGGGCUUCAGUAGUUGCAGCACACGGGCUCAGUAGUUGCGGCAUGCGGGCCCUAGAGUGCAGGCUUAGUAGUUGUGGCGCACGGACUUAGUUGCUCCGUAGCAUGUGGGAUCUUCCCGGACCAGGGAUCGAACCCGUGUCCCCUGCAUCUGCAGGCGAACUCUCAACCACUGUGCCACCAGGGAAGCCCCAGCCAUCUGUUCGUAAAGUCGCCCCCACCCUCCACUGGGCCCGGGUUCCUCAGGGACCCUGAGGGAGGGCAGCUUUCCUUACAUCCCCUUCACAGGUGUGGUUGGAAGUCUUUUCUUGCCAGGCAUGAAGUCCUGCCUCCUCCCCCCACUCCCUGCUGCUGGCUCCUGGAUGGGAGGCUGCUCCCAGGGAGGGUGAGGAGCUGGCCGCAGCCCCUAAGCCAGCUGUGGACAGCAGUCAGGGGGGUGCCAGUGCUCUUGUCCUCCCUCCUGGCUGGUGCGGCUGGCCAUCUUUCACGCAGAGUUACGUAAGCUUGAGUCAAUUGGAGCUCAGAGCAGUUCAUUGUGGGCUAUUUUUAAGCUGUAACACAUCACAGCAGAGGGGUCACUGCACCAUGGCUUGCAGGGAAGGUUGUUUAAACAUCUGUUAUUUAAAUUUCCCUGUGCCUUAAAGCUCAAAAGCCAUGUCCUCCUGCACUCUCAGGUUCUGCAUUUCACAUCCCAGAUGAGGAGUGGAUUAUCACCCCUCACCCUGCCAUAGUUUCCUCUAGGACUGGGGUUUUCUGCACCGUGACUGCCUUUCUUUGGGGUGAAGCAGCGGGGCAGGGAGAAGGUGCCAGCUCCUUCAAACAUGGUGCUGCCUCCGUGGAAUGGGUGCACCCUGAACAGGAGAGACUUCCAGGGAAGCAGGAAGUUAGAGUUCACAGGGUGGAGAGGAAAACACAGACAGAGUGCUGGGUGUAGAGCUGAGAGACAGACAGAGGGUACAGCCUUCCUCCUGGGGGGCUUUGGUUUCCCAUCAGGACCCAGAGAGUGUUGAUCACAAGGUCCUUGUGGGUCUCUUCAGAAGCCUGCCUCUGCUUGGGCUGUGCUCCUACCUGCAGUGCCCUCCCUCCACAGACCUAAGUGCUACCCACGUGCAGCCUCUGGGACAGAGGGCUGGUGUCUGAGCCCUUGGACAGUAGGCAGAGAUGAACCUCUGGGGAAACAGGCAUUGCUUUUCACUCCAUUAUCAAGUGGUUAGCUGCACUGGGAGCCCUUUAAGGCUCCUUUUUAAUUAAUUAAUUAUUUAUUUUAUUUAUUUAUUUUUGGCUGCGUUGGGUCUCCGUUGCUGCACGUGGGCUUUCUCUAGUUGCGACGGGCGGGGGCUACUCUUUGUUGCGGAGCACAGGCUCUAGGUGCGCAGGCUUCAGUAGCUGUGGCUCACGGGCUCUAGAGUGCAGGCUCAGUAGUUGUGGCGCACGGGCUUAGUUGCUCUGCAGCAUGUGGGACCUUCCUGGACCAGAGCUCGAACCCAUAUCCCCUGCGUUGGCAGGCGGAUUCCUUAACCACUGCACCACCAGGGAAGUCCCUAAGGCUCCUUUUGAUCCUAGAUUUUUGGAGAUGUCGAGUCUUCCCAGAGUACAGGGAGGAGAAGGCAGGUAGACUGGAAGAGUGCAGGGCCAGGGACUUGACAGAGCUGACACCUGAGAGCACAACAGAGCCCAAAAUAUGUCUGUGUUGGAGAAGCAAGUCUGGGAGACUUGGCUGGUCAUGAGGUAGAAUGGGGCCUUCUGUGCCUCUCCUCUUGAUGCCCUUCCUGCCCACCACCCUCAAGUUCUCCUAGGUAGGAGGAUUCCAGCCUGAUCCACUGGGAAGGAGGGUUUCUCAGAGUGAGGUGACUGUCCCCAUCUUCUGAAGUCUGACCCUCUCCACAGGGUUUGGGGCCUUCCCCCAAGCCUGCCCGGAGCGGGUCAGGUGAAGUGUGAAGGGAGGCAGUGCUGGAACCCGCCCUCAUAGAGGAGCCUCUGUAUGGCCUCGCCCUCAGACUGAGCUCCUUCCUGUUGCUUCCUGGCCCCUCCAUCCCAGACAGCCCUCAGCCUGGGGAAUGGGCUCAGCCUGGGGGAGGGGCUCUCUAGGUUGCCAUGGUAACAUGUUGGCCCUCCUCACUUUCCAGAAUCAGAAAUAGAAUUGGAUGCCCUUCUUCCUGAUGGAUAAAGCAGAGGGGCUUCAGCAGGCCAAGAAUUCUGAAUACAAGAGACUCAGCCAGGUCCCACAGGGUAUGUAACUAGCCCCUACUCAGUACUGACAGCUUCCUGGGAGGCACUGGCUUAGUGCCCCCCAGGAAAAUGCCCCCUCCCAUGCCUGAGCCACCUGCUAAGCUAUUGGGAGGAGGAACAGGGCCAUGUGGGUUACAGCUUGGGUGGGGGCUUGGGGCUGCAGCAAUCGGAAGGGAGGCAUGUUGGCUCCCCUCCAGCAGGGUCCAUGCCAACGUGGCCCUGCGCAUGACACCUGUGAUGGCAUUGUAGUUUCCUGAAGUGUGGGUCCAGAGCCUGGUGGCCUGGCUUCGGAUUCUGGCUCUACAACUCACUAGCUGCAACCUCUGUGAAUUCUCUCUCUUCCCUGUGCCUUGAUUUCAUCAUUUAUAAAAUAAGGGUGACAGCACCCGGCUCUUGUUGAAUUGCUGUGAGGCUGGGUUACAGUGCUCAGCACUGCCUGGCACAGAGGAAGGGCCCAGUCAAUAGCAGUCACUGUUCUUAUUGCUAUAAGGGGUGUUUGCUUCCCAGGUGGGAAAAGCUUUCUCCUCUCUCCGGGCUGCCUUCUUUGGUCUUUCCUUAGUGGGGCACACCCUUCUCAGAUCCAUUGUUCAUGAGGACUCCAGCCCGGAAAGGGAGAAUUAUGCCUCACUUUCGCAGGAGUCGGGGGAUGGCUCAGUGGUCGGACAGGCAGGGACUCAGGGCCUCCCUCCAUGCUUCUCCAGCCCUCCCACAACCACAGGAGGCUGCUACUAGCAUCUCUGUUAUGGGGAAAAACAAAACAAAAUUAAAAAACAGUUUGCUUGGGGCCAGAGAUUAAUGAAGUUAAUAGUGUUCAGCAAGUAUGUGUGUGUGAAUGCACACAUGUGCAGACCACAGACCCUUGGGCUCUGUCACCUUCCUGGGCCAUAGUGUGUGGUGAGCAGCAGUGUCCAGCCACAUCUAUCCCCAUUCUUAACUGAAGGCAGCAUCUGGGGAAGGGGGAGGGGGUCCGGGGGCCUGAGACAUGGCUGAGUCAGGCUUUGCCCAGUGCUGAGUCAGGAAGGUGCAGACGAAGCACAGAGCUAGCCUUGGUCCCUGGUCACAUCGCUUCACACCCCAUGGCCAACCGUAAGCACUAUUUUUAACUUCUGUGAAAACACACCGCUUCAGAGGACGAGACUACAGCUUCGUUCUCCACAAACCUGUUUCCUGGGUAGAAAGACUGAGGCCUGAAAGGAUAGCCCUGGAGGACAGAGGGAGGAGGCCCAGAGCUCAUAGCUGGGGGAAGGAGGAAGGUCUGACCCCGCCCCAGUCAGAACCUCCAGACUCAGGCCUGUAGCACUGGUCAGUUCCCCAAACUAGGCCUGUCCUCUGUGGCUGCAGGGCACAUCUGGGCCUCGGCUGGUUGUCCAGGCAGGUCCCACUCCUCCCUGACCCUCUGCCCAUCUACAAAAUGGAGGGUAGGACUGCCCACCUCGUCUAAUAGCUUUCUUUUCUGUGUGCUACCCAAGUCCAGUCCUUUGUCCAACUUGUCCUCACUGCGUAUGCAGUUGUACCCAAUGUGUACCCAGUUCUGCACCCACCAUACCCGCACUGUGUAGCCAGCCCUGUGCCCACUGUGUGGACAGCCCCCUAACCACUGUGUCCCCACUGUGCCCAUCCUGUAAUUUCCACUGGUGGCCUAGCCCUAUGCCCAGUGUUCUGCCCCCCUUCUGGCCAAGGUGAAGUUGACACAAUAUGACAAGGGCUAGAACAUUCUGACUUGAGGGUUCUGAGCAGAGGCCCCACUCCCACCCGUGUCGUCCCCAUCCCCACCUCUGUGGGAUACUGGUCCUGGGCCUCAAGGACAUGUGACUCUGGGGAGGGGGCUCUGUGAGGCACAGGCAGGGGAAAGCCAUCUGGAGCAGAGAGACUGCCAAGGAGCUGCUGUCCCUGGAGCGGGAGCUGGGGAACAUGGAGGAGGGGAGUUAGAGCCUGAGCCUGGGCCCCUCACCCACUUCUGCCUCGCAGGACUGAGUGGUGAAGGGGCUUUGCCCCCCACAGGGGCCUCGGGUCACACACUUGGAACUGCAUCCCUGGGUCAGGGCUUACGUCUCAAGUUGCCACGUGGGAAAUGGGGAGAAAGAGGCAAGUCUGGCAUCUGAGGUAAACUGGGAACCCAGGGGCUUCCUCAGUAUCUCCCCUGCCUACCUUUUUCCCUUGGCCUUAUACACGCUCUCGCCUCUAGGAGCACUGCCCUCCCUCUAGGGCUGGCCUGGGCAGAGUGGCCACCUGGCUGGCAAGGAGAGAGGAGGCCAGUCUAGGGUUGGCAGAAUUCACUGGGGUCCCUUGGCCUUUCUACCUCUCAAGAUUCCCUGGGCAGGCCCCCAUUCCUCAGGGGGGUGGGGCCCCUGGUUUCCCACACUCUCUCACCCUCCCCCAGGUCACUGGGGGCUGUGAUGUGUGGGGUUGCCACACAUGGCAACGAAGUGGGGGCAGGGCACCUAGGGCAUGGAGCAGGACUAUGGAAGUCACCAAGAAAGUGGGGGGCCCUGAUCCAUCGGGCUCCCAGGGCCACCCCUCAGCUGGCAGCCAGCAGCUGGGCGGUGGCCCUAGAGGGUCCCAGGGACCAUGGAUAAGCUCAGGAUCUGUAUACUUGAGGCAGGGGUUGUCACUGUCCACCGAGGCCAUCCUUGAUGGGUCCUAUGGCUCAGCCUCCCAGGCCCAUACACACGAGCCCAGUCACCAGCAACUCUGGGACCCUGCUGAGGUUAGCUCCCAAUGUGGCUGUGAGCGGGCCUCUGAGGAUUCCCUGAGACUCUCCUCCACUAGCUCGUUUCCAGGCUCUAUCGUGGGAGCCCAAACACAUCUCGUCACAGAGAACAGGACCCUGGCCCUACCGGUGUGCAGGCACGGUGACUGCACCAGUGAUGUGGCCCAGCUCGGACUCUGCUGUUCCCGGCUUCAGGUGCAGAUGGCGGGGGAGGGCAAGGCUCCAGCUAAAGUCCUAGUAGGCUGGGGCAAAGGCCCCUGCAGGCCCAAACAGAUAGCCCCAUUGGGCAUUAGGAAGAGCCGGUGGCUACCGUAUUUUCUUUCAGGGGAGGAUGGCUCAGCUGCAGCCCAAGGUCCUCUUCUGGCUCCGGCCCAAGCUCAGGGCCAGGGCCAGUGCCCAUGUUCGGCUCAGGCUCCUCCAACUCCAACUCCAACUCAGGCAAAUACUCCAGCUCUGGAUACAAUCUCAAUGUCAGCAGCAGUUGAAUCUUACACCUGCAACCUUGACCACCUGAUGGAUACCAAUGCCAUCACCAAGGGCCUGUCCCAAGACCUCUUGCCCAGGAAAUGUGGCAACCAAUGGUCUAUCCAGUUGGAGUCUCCCAAAGGGGUCACAUCCUGCCAGGACAAAGUGAAUUUCCAUUCUCAGGAUGAGCCUGCCACCCCAGCACGCACUCCAAAAGAGUCCCCAGACCAGGCCCAGGAGCUCGAGGUUGCCCAAAGGCCGGUGUUACCAAGGCAGCCUGAGAACCAAGUGGAGAAACCCAUGGUCUGUACCUCCAGGCCAGGCAGCCCCAAACCGGGCUCAGGGCCUCCAGAAACCCCCAAGUCCAAGCGGGGUAACCAGGAGAUCUGCAGCUCUCAGCCAGGUCAGCAGCCCCUCAAUGCUUGCAGCAACACCUGCUCCAAUGUGCCGCCGUCUGCCUACCAAGUAACCUGCCGCAACUCCCCCACAGUACAGCCUCCCAAGGAAGCCAUGCAGAUACCCCCCUCCAGUGCCCCUACCUGCCAGCUCCGGGAUGCUGUGGAAGACCGUGUGCUGGUGUUUGAUAUGGCCACGGGCAACACCAGAACGGGGCUGCUGUGCCAUGACCCCAUGGGCUCAAGGGCAGUGCUGGUGGGCCUCAUGCCCAGCCACCCAUCCAUCUGUGCCUCUGAAAAUACGUUGUCCACCCGGCCAUUGACCAGGCCCAUCUUCUCCCCUGACAGUGAUGGCUCUAGCUUCUGGUCCACCACACCCAUGGUGUCCAGCCCUGUGCCCUCCAGCCUUUCAUCUGGAAGCUACCGAGAGGUGGCCCUGGUUCCCAAAGAGGCCAGGCUCAACCUGGAGUCACGAGGCUCCCCUGGUACUGAGACACCCAUCAGGAUGGGGAUGCUCACUGGGCAUGUUCCACUGGGUAUGCCCCUCCAAUUUGGAGAGAGGAUACUGAGCCAUGCCUAUGAUCCUGGCUGGUCCAAACCUGACGCUGAAAAAACCGAAACUAGUCACACCAUCUGGAUGCAGGAUGCCUCCAGGAUGCAGGACACCUCUAUGGUCCAGGCCAAGAAACUGCAGUGGAUGAACUCAGAGCUGACCCCAGAGCCUGUACCACCAGCCAAAACCCAGCAGGUGCCCAGACCCCUGCUCCAGGAGGAUGUAGGCAACCACAAUCAGAAAGAGGUCGUUAUUGCUCACCCUGACAGCCCUCAGGUCAAAGGUGCUGGGCACGCCCCACUCUGUGGUCAGCCCCCACUAGCUGAGCAGCAUCCCCUUUCCCGGCAGCCCCCUUCGGCCGGUCAGCCUCCCUCUGCAGAGCAGCGUCCCCUUCCCAGGCAGACCCACCUUUCUGGAUAGCCACCCCUAGCUGAGCAGGCCCCCUCCACCAAGCAGCCCCCACUUCCUGGUCGGGCCCCUCUCACUGGAGCCCCUAUUGCCAGGCAGCUUUCUCUCACUAGGCAGCCUCCCUUUUCCCAAGAACCCCCCAUCUCCAAUAAGCCCACUCUCUCAAGAGGUCCCCCCACCACUAGGGACCCUGGUCAGGCCUCCACCCUGUGCCAGGAAGGUGAGCCAUUGGGCCCGCCUACCCAUGUGGGGGUACUUCGGGUGACCCCGGCCCCUGAGGAGACCUGUGUCUAUGUAAGCAGAGAAAAUGUUGGUGUCAGUGCUGGUCAAAGCUUCAGCUCACAUCGGCUCUCAUCCUGGCAAGCUGGCAGCUGCCCCAGGGAGCGGGAGGAGCAGCCUUCCCUGCUCACAUUCACCACACCUGGUCCUGGCUGCAAGGUCUUGCACGGCCCCCGGUUCAAGCUGACAGCUGAGGACAUUACACACUCGCCAGUGGUCGCGCAGCUUGGCCUUCUCCGAGGGGCCUGCUAUGAGCUGGUGCCCACCAUGGAUGUUCUGCCAGUACGGUCCCCAGUGCUCUGCCGCCAUUCACGGGACCCCUACCAGGACAUGGCAUCUGUGGUGAUCGACACAGGCACAGGCUUCACCAAAUGUGGACUGGCUGGAGAGGACCACGUCCUCAGUGUGCUGCGCUCACGCAUCCAGCUGCUCCAGCAUCCAGUCCACGGCCAGCCCAGGUACGCAGUGCCUGAGAACCGAGAGGGUUCCUACUCGGUGCUGAAUCGAGGAGUGGUCUCUGACUGGGAUGCACUGGAGGUGCUGUGGCAGCACCUGUUCUAUUGCAGGCUGGGUGUGCAGCCCGAGGAGCUGGCUGUGCUUGUGGCGGACUCACCCACAUCACCAUGCACGAACCGAGAAAAGGUGGCUGAAAUACUCUUUGAGCAUUUCCAUGUGCCAGCCAUGCAGACAGUGCAUCAGGCCCUGCUGGCACUCUAUGCUUAUGGGCGGACCACUGGGCUGGUGCUGGGCAGUGGCCAUGGCACCUCCUCUGUGGCACCCAUCAUCACCGGGGAUCUGGCCCCACUUGACACCUACCGGCUGGAUGUGGCGGGUGCUGACCUCACUGAAUACCUGGCUCAGCUGUUGCCGGCAGGUGGCCAGUCACUGUUCAAGGCAUGGCUGGUCAACCAGAUUGAAGAGGCCUGCUGCUAUGUGCCCAUGGACAUGACAGCUGAGAUGGCCCGUGCCCAGGCCCUGGCCCGGGUGGACUUUUUGCUUGCAGACAAGCAGGUUAUCACACUGGGCUCUGAGUGCUUCUGCUGCCCCGAGGCCCUCUUCCAGCCCAAUAUUCUAGGCCUCAAUCAGCCAGGCCUUCCACAACUAGCCCUCCUAAGUAUCAGCCGGCUGGAGGCCAAGCAGCAGGAGCAGCUGCUGGCCAGUGUGGUGCUGGACGGUGGCGGCACCCUGUUGAGUGGCUUUCCUGAGUGCCUGAGACAGGAGCUGGGCCCCGGUGCCACUGUGCUGGGCUCUCUGCACCGUGCUGCUGCUGCUUGGCUUGGAGGCUCCAUCAUGGCGUCCCGGGACUCCUUCCAGAGCCUGUAGCUCAGCCACCGUGAGUACGAGGAGGAGGGCCCAUGGGCCAUCUAUAAGUACCAUCUGUGAGCACAUAAAAGUUCUUUCUGGUUCUGCUUC